GUCAAUUAUAAUACAAGAGGAACAGAAAAAAGUUUCGAGAUAUCGAGUUAUCGAGUUUUAUUCUAAUGGUUUGUUUGAGGGUAUUUCAAUUUAGUUCGAAAUAGUAAAAAAUUGAGAUAUUGACUUUCAACAUCAUAAGAAAUAAUCGCAAUUAGAUAUUUUCUCAUUCAAAUUGUAUUAUAAAAACACGUGUUUUUAGAUUUUUUUUCUCUUUAAAAAUUCAUCUUAAGUUUAAUAUUAAUAAUGGAUCAUGUUGAUGCUGAUGAUUUUGCCCCAACAAAUACAUUGAUUUGUAAUAAUGAUUCAAAAGAUCACCCUCGUCAUUUAAUCCCCAAGCUAUGUCGACAAUUCUAUGCCAACGGCUGGGUCACUGGAAUAGGUGGCGACAUCAGCAUUAAAUACAAUGACCAAAUUUUUAUUGCCUCAUCGAGUGUUCAAAAAGAAAAGAUUGAACCAGAUUUACUUGUUCAAAAUCUAGAUGGUGAGGAUAUUAUAGUUCCGGAGUCUGAAAAAAAACUAUCAAAAAGCCAGUGCACUCCCAUAUUCAUGUGUGCAUAUACUGAGAGAAAUGCAGGAGCUGUGAUACAUGUAUAUUCUCUAGAGGCAGUCAAAUUAUGUUUGUUAAAUCCCGAAAAUGAACUAAGGAUUACUGGCUUAGAAAUGAUGAAAGGAAUUUUCAAUGAAAAAACAGGAAAAUUCUAUGAUAAUGAUGAAGAACUUGUUAUACCAAUAAUCGAGAAUUCAAAAUAUGAGAAAGAUUUAGUUGAAACUUUUAAAUUAGCUUUGAGAAAAUACCCCAGCACUUCUGCAGUUUUGGUCCGCAACCAUGGAAUGUACGUUUGGGGUAGUUCAUGGAUUACAGCUAAAACACAGCUUGAGUGCUAUGAGAAUUUAUUCAAUGUAACAAUUUUCAAGAAGACACACAAAGUUUAAUCAAAUUGUACAUGUAGACUUUAUCCUAUCGGAGAGCAAUUGGGAGUUAUCCAAAGGCUAUUGAGGAAGAACUCAACUUAUUAAUCGUUUUUAAACUAAAUCUGUUUGUUCAUUAUUUCGUAAUAUUAAAAAGACU